AUGUGUAUAAGUGCAAGUUUAGUUACACUCUCGGUAGUGACGUCACUAGUAGCUCUAAUUACACAAUUACAAUUAGUACAAUCUUGCCCUUCAUCAGAAUGGGCAUCCCUAAUGGCCAUCAAGGCCUCCCUCUACGAACCAAACUUCGGAAUCUUCCACACGUGGCGCGGCACCAACUGCUGCUACAAAUGGUACGGCAUUGCAUGCGACCCGACCACCCGACGUGUAGCCCAAAUCAACCUCAACGGCCUAACCGUCCCCGACAAUCGCCGUCGCCUCAACCGUCACGCCACCACCGGCUACAUGACCGGCCACAUUUCCCCUUCCAUAUGCAACCUCACACAACUCUCAUCCAUCACAAUCUCUGAUUGGAAGGGCAUUUCGGGAAUUAUCCCUUCUUGUAUUCAAACUCUUUCCUUACUUCAAAUAUUAGACCUCUCUAAUAACAGCAUUACUGGAGAGGUCCCUAAAAGCAUAGGAAGCCUCACACAACUUACAAUGCUCAAUCUCGCAGACAAUCGCAUCUCGGGAACCAUUCCAACGACUCUAACUAACCUCAGGAACCUCGUACACCUCGAUCUCCGUAACAACCUCAUGAGAGGUCACAUUCCAACGGACUUCGGCCGGCUCAACAACCUGAACCGGGCUUUCUUGAGCCAUAACCUUUUAACCGGUCCGAUCCCCGAAACGAUUUCCAGGAUUUAUGGUCUGGCCGUUCUGGACCUCUCAAUGAACCGGUUGUCGGGUAAGGUUCACGAGCCACUGGGCCGGAUGCCGGUUCUUGACUCGCUAAAACUGAAGUAUAACAGAUUAACGGGUGAGAUUCCUUCCACGGUUUUGGGUUCGAGGAUGACUCAUUUGGAUCUGAGAGGGAACAUGCUGAGUGGGGAAAUUGCUGACGUGUUCGGAGAGCGUUCGUAUUUCAUAAACCUGGAUCUGUCUUUUAACAACUUGAGUGGUUCGGUUCCAAAGUCGUUGAGUUCUGCUAAUUACAUUGGUCACAUGGAUUUGAGUCAUAACCAUUUGUGUGGGAGGAUUCCUAGUGGUGAACCGUUUGAUCGUCUGAGAACGACGUCGUUUGAGCAUAAUAAGUGCCUAUGUGGCAUGCCUCUUAAGCCGUGCACUCAAGAAACAGUUUGA